GUAGAUCUUAUCUCGCAUUUUUUUUACUGAUCUUUCAUAUAAUAGAUCACUUCUUUCUUCCAUGUAAAUUUCAAGUAGACAUUCCAUUAUGAAAACAAUUCCCACCAUAAUUAGCCCAUAUUUAGCUAAACAUGUGGGUAACGUGCUUCACUAACUUAAUUACAACAAUUUUCUUCUAUGAUUAACUAUUUAUAGUGACUCAAAUAAUUGCUUCUUUUAAUUAAUUUAAUCUCUAUCCAUCAAUUUGCAAACUCGUAGCAAAUGCUUAUCAUAGUUGUACAUGUAUGAUUCUGAUAUGAUACGUUGACAAAUGAAUACUGAUACGAUAAUUGUUCAUUUAUGUUUUUUUUAGCUUUGUUAGUCAAGUACUCACACCCAAAAACAUAUGCAUAAAUUUAGGUGUCCAAAACUAGGAUGCACCAAAUCAGAACCAAAACCAAAGGGCUAACAUAUGUAGGGAUUGUUUGGAAUCUUUGUUUGAUCGUUACCUUUCACUCUAAAGGUUAAGUAUACGUGUGUUGUAGGGCACAAUGUCAAUCUCUCUCAAUGGAGUUAGCUGGUAUACCCAAUUAAUUAAAGAUGAAAUUGUUUCAUAUAAGUGCAUUCUCCAUUUUGUUUCAAUUAAUCAAACUAAUAUUUUGUCAAGUUCUAUCGCAAUGGAGUUAGCUGGUACACCCAAUUAAAGAUAAAAAUGUUUCAUACUAGUGGAUUCUCCAUUUUUUGGUUGUAACCAAUCUAAUAAUUUUGACUACAAUAAAAAAAAAAAACACGGUUGCCUUACUAUUUUGCGUUUGUAUGUGCCAAUUGCAUAGAACUGAAUGAUAAUAACAAAUUAACUUUUUUCGUAACUAUCGGUGCCAACUCCAUCAAAUUUUAUACAUGAUGUGAUUCACCAAAAAAAACCUAAUUUGUUGAGUGAUGUUUGAUUUUGUUUGUGAAAGAUGAACUGGUUGCCUGAAUUGAAACCCACCUAUGUUAUAGCAACAAAAAGUCGUAUUGCUUUGUUAAUUAAUUAUUAUCAUGUUCCUACUCUUGAAAUAUACAUGACUUCAUCGCCCAAUUUAUCUCAAGUUUUCGACUUAUCUUGUAUUUUAUUCUCUCUCUAUUCGGAGAUUGCUUUGAUUUCUCAAACAAAUACAAUUUCCUUCAUUCAUAAAUAUAAUUUUUCUUCACGAAUAUAGCCUUUUUGAUUUUCUUAUCCACACAACAAAAAAACAUGGCAGAAGAUGCAUCUUCUUGCUUGAUGACAAUUGAGCCAAAUGAGGGUGUUACUUAUGAUAAUUUAUAUGCUCGUCAACCCGAGCUUCAUAUGGCACAAUCAAAAAGAGAAGUAAUUAUCAACCAUGAAAUGGACACAAGGGAAGUGCACGAAGAUAUGCAUGGGAAAUUGGCUUAUGUUCAUCUUAUCCAAAAAGAGCUGACGCCAAGCGACGUUGGUAAACUCAAUAGACUCGUCAUCCCAAAGAAAUUUGCGCUCAAGUAUUUCUCUUACAUCCUCGAGACCCUCGAAGGAGUCACUCUCAAGCAGAUGCUUAAUGAUGAUGUGGAGAUCGUGUUCUAUGAUAAGGCGAUGAAGUGUUGGAAAUUCCGAUAUUGUUAUUGGAGGAGCAGUCAAAGCUUUGUGUUCACAAGAGGGUGGAACAGGUUUGUGAAGGAGAAGAAGUUGAAGGAAAAGGAUAUCAUCACAUUUUACAGGUGUACAACGGUUCAUGAUGAUCAUGCACAAUCAUUUUUCUUCAUAGAUGUUACUACUCAUGGCAAUGGGGUCAAUCAAAGUUUCAUGGCGGAAAAGCGGACUACUAAUGUGUUGUUGCAUAAUGACUGGGGAUUCAAUUUGAGCUUGAAUGUGGCUCAAAAUGAGGUGAAUGAAAAGGAAGCGAGAGAUUACGAUGAUAGUUUGGAAUCAAUAAACAACCAUGUAAAUAAGGAAAAAGGAGUUAGGCUUUUUGGUGUCCAAAUAUGCUAAUCCAAUACAUGGAUAAAACAUGCUUUCUAUUCACUCUUACAAACAAAAUAUUUUUGUUUACCAUAAAUGUUAAAUUUAUGUCUUAUUGUAAAAGUCACCUUUCAAAAGAAAAAGAAAAAUCGUGAUAAACCACAUUUGACAUUUUAAUUAUUUGACAAUUUUAUUUAGUUUUACAUGUACGUGAAUAGAUAUAUCUCUCAUGACCUAAUUAGAAUUUACACUUACAGAUUAGUGAUACAAAUACCAUUAGUGGCGGAGCCACGUUGUUGGCAAGAGAGGCUAUAGCCCCCUCUCAGAUUCUCAAAAUUGUGUAAAUUUACAUGUAAAUUUCAUAGUAGAUUUGGAGAAUAGAGUAGGUGGUAAGACUUUAGCCCCCUCCCCGGUUCAAACCUUUGAACGUGAAUUUUUUUAACUCCCCUCAUUUAGAUUCCUGGCUCCGCCACUAAAUACCACACACUAAAACAUAUAUUUUGAUGUGUGUUUAAUUGAUGCUAACUACAACACUUAACAAAUGUUAAAAUCCAAAAAUUCAUGAGAUACUAGACGAAUAAGUGCAAACCUGCCACCUCAUUGAUACUCAAAAUGUUUAAAACUAAAUAAAACUAAUUUGAUUAAUCAAUACUAUAAUUUUAUUGUUUAACCUAAAAGUACUGAAUUCGAAUCCUAAGAAAGAACUCUCCUUCACCUAUUAACCAUUUCACUAAAAUCUACAAUCUACAAGAUACAUAAAGGCAAGGCAACGCAUGGGUUGGAAUUCUCCCAUUUCAAAUUUCAUGGCUUGAGAAUGAUUAUAGGAAUGUCAUUUUAUUGUUUAACCUAAAAGUACUGAAUUCGAAUCCUAAGAAAGAACUCUCCUUCACCUCGCAUGGGUUCGAAUUCUCCAAUUUCAAAUUUCAUGGCUUGAGAAUGAUUAUAGGAAGGUCAUUUUUUGUCAUUGCACCCAGUUCAUGUUUAUAUAUUAAAAUUGUUAUCAUUGGAGUUCGAACCUUGAUCACUUAAAUGAUGAAACAACAUUAUAACCAACUAGGCUACAUUUUAUUUAUUGUUGUUUCUUUGAUUAAACUCUAGAAAUAUGGUUGGUGAUGAUGCUUCUAUAUUUAUAUUUUAUCUUAACUUUUUUUAUAUUUCUACAUAAUAUAUAAAGGCAAAACAUUGGUUGGAUUUCCAGGGAUUUGAAUUCCCAGGCCUGUGAGGGUUUCACGGAAGAGUAAUUUGGACAAUUUACCUAUCAUUUUAAGGUCAUUCGUCUUUGGCUAUCAAUCCGCAAUGUGCCCUUUCAAAUAAUUCAAUUUCAUAUCUAUAACCUGUGUCGUCAUCAACAAAUAUGAUAAAUAUUGGAAAACAUU